AUGCGACCGUCUCAAUCCAACACGUAUAAUACAAAUCAACCACAACAAGCAGCAAUACCGCCUGGAUUCUCAGCAUUACUUUCGUCUACACGGCAGCCAACACAAGUGUUUACAGGACAGAAUGAAUUUUAUAACAAUUCAAAUAAUACAGUACAACAACAGCUCAAUCGUUUACCACCAAAGCCGAUUGUUCAACAAGUUUCUGUUGCGUCAGCAUCGAAUGAUUCAUCAUCUGACAUUAAAACUCUUCCGCCUCAGGAUGGCUAUUAUACAAUAACUCAUGUUUAUAAUGCCAUUGAAUUUUAUGGUCACUCUCAAGUUCGUGAACGAGAAUUAGAUGCAUUUUAUAAACAUCUUGAAAGCAUCUACAAUAAUAAUAAUGCAAAUGAUCAAUCUCUGAGUGUUGAUUUUUUAAUGGAAGGUAUACCAUGUGUAAUUCAACAGGGUGAAAAAUAUUAUCGUGUUAUUAUCAAACAUCGUGAAAGUGACUCACGAGUUUUAGUUAAACUUGUUGAUCGUGGUGAUGAAGUAAUUGUGGAUACGUCAGAAUUAUUACAACUUGAAAACAAAUAUUUUAAAAUACCAGCUUUUGCACAACCAUUUCGUCUAUACAAUUAUGAUGAAUCACAUAGUACAGCUCAAAUAACGCGCAAAUUGAAAAGAUUAAUUCUCAAUCAACGUGUUCAGAUAACACAACAUUUACCAACGAUAAAUGGAUUUUAUCCGGUGGAAGUGAAACUAUCUACUGAUAAUCAAUUAGUAAAUCAAAUUCUUCUUUCUAAUGAUAGUAAUCCAAUAGUUUCACCAACAUCAAGAAUUCCAGAAUUACAAACAGCAAGACCGCAACAGGAUCUGAAUAUACAGCGAAUUAAUAAUGAUUUACCAGCACCACAAAAACUAUUAACAGCGGUUGCGGCGCCUAGCGGACAUUCACAACCAGGGCGAUUUACAGCGAAGUCUCCUGCUUCGAGUGACCCGACGUCGUCACGAUUUUCACGGUCCGAACAACAAGAGGAGCCACGUUCAUUUGGCCAACAGCCGCAAUCGUUUACAUCUAGAACGGCAAAUGAUUUUCAACAGUCAACCAACGAGCGACAUCGUUCAACUAGCCGUGGGUUUCCUAAAGAUGACCAACAACCGAAUCAAAGAACUGGUUUUGGAAAUAAUCAUGGAGGUGGCUUUGGCGAUCGAGGAGUUCGUAAUGGUUUUGGUGAACGUAACAUAGAAAAUAGAAAUGAAAAUAAUACGCAACGAACAGGCGGUUUUAAUAAUCCUACUGGUGAAUUUACUGAUCGUGGUCAACACAAUGAACGCUAUCGCGAUCGUCCAAAUGAAAACCGAAAUAAUCAAAAUGAAGAAAAUAAUGGUUCAUCACGAUUUGGUCAUCGUCGUGGAUUUGGUGGAGAACGAGGAAAUCGAGGUGGUGGUUAUCAAGGCUUUCGUGACAGUGACAAUGAUGGAGAAGAUAAUGGACGAAGAAGUGGCCGUGGUGGUCAACGAGGAGGUCGAGGUGGUUUCAGUGAUCGUGGUGGUUAUAAUGAUCACGGUGAUUUUAAUGAUCGUGGUGGUCGAGGUUCUUUUGGAGACCGCGGUGGUCGAGGUUCUUUUGGAGACCGAGGCGGUCGAGGUUCUUUUGGAGACCGAGGCGGUCGAGGUUCUUUUGGAGACCGAGGUGGUCGAGGCUCUUUUGGAGACCGAGGUGGUCGAGGUGAUUAUCGUGGUGGACGUACCGGUGGUUUUAGAGAUCAAAAUGAUAAUGAUUUUCGAUCUAAUUCAGAGAAUAAUGAGCCUGUUAAAACAUUUAGUGGUUGGCCAAAUGUAAAACCUACAGUAACGUCUUUCGAAGCCGGUGAUCAUUUUGUUGAAAAGGAAAUUCCUAAAGAAGCAUUUCAAUUUGUUCUAAGUCAUAUUGAAGCAUCAAAUGAUUUUUUUAUACAAUUAUAUUCUAAAGCAGAUGAACUAUCGACAUUUAGUGCUACAUUACAAGAAGAAUACUCAAAUGCACCUGAAUUAAAUUCUAUUGAAGAAAACAAAAUUUGUUUAGCUAAAAGUUCUGAUCAAUGUUGGUAUCGUGCCGUUAUUCUUUCAACCAGUUUAAUAAAAACAAAAGUUCGUUUUAUUGAUUUUGGUGAUACAUUGGAUGUGGAUAAAAAAUCUAUAAAGCAAUUAGAAAAAAAAUUUUCCUUGUCACCUCCUUAUGCUUAUCGUUGUAUGUUAGAAAAUUGUCAAGCUAAUGAAAAUAUGGAUACAAAUAAAGUAAUUGAAAAAUGCGAAAGACAAACAUUUAACGGUAAAAUUCAAAAUAAAUUAUCCAAUGAACAAUAUUGUCUUCAAUCUGACGAUUUAAAAAAAUUAAUGAUUGAUAUUAAUGCAAUUAAAAUAAAACAGGAAACAAAUAGAAAUAUUAAAUGUUCCAUUGUGCAUAUUGAUAGCAGUGAGUACGAACUUUAUAUACAAGAUGAUGAAGAAACAAUGAAAAAGAUUAAUAAUGAAUUAACAAUGGCAAAGGAAAACUUCUUAGAUGAUAUUAAAAUUAAUUCAAUGGUUAUUUCAAUCUAUGAUGAUAAACCAUCUCGAGCAAUAAUUCAAUCAGAUUCAGAUGAGAAUGAAAAUGUUUGCCUUUAUUUUGUCGAUUAUGGUACUACAAAGGUUUGUUCGAAAACAUCAUUAAAAGCCUGCAAUGAACAAUUAAAAGCAUACCCGCGUCAAGCUAAACGAUGUCAAUUACAUGAUAUUUCAUCCAGUGUUGUAGAUGAAACAUUUAAAUAUCUAGAUCAAUAUUUUAAAUCAAAUAAUAUAGAAAUUUCUAUUGUUAAUCAAUACAACGAUCUAUGUAAUAUUCUUCUUUAUAUUGAUGGAGAAUGUUUAAAUGAAAAAUUUAAUCAAAAAUCAAUGAGUAUUGAUGAACAUGAAGCAAAUACUGAUAAUAACGAUCAAUCAAGUACAGCAACAGCUAUAACUAUUAAAGAACAAGAAAGACCUACCAUUGCGACAGGAAAAAGAAAUAGUGAAGAAAUCUUGUCACCGGUUACAAAUUUAUUAAGUGCAUCAUUGAAUAUCAAAAGACAAAAGAGUGAAUCAGAGCCAGAAGUGAAUCCAAUUAAAUAUUGUUCGGCUAUUCUUACACAUCUUGAUAAGAACAAACCAAUCGUUUAUCUUCAAUUAUUACCGGAAUCAGAAUCAAUUCUUGCGCAAAUCAAUGAUUUCAUCGAAGUUAUCGUUCAAGAAAAUAAACAGAAAUCUUCCUAUGACAUCGGUGAUCAUGUUAUUGCUCAAUUUACGGAUGAUUCAAAUCAUUAUCGUGCUCGUAUAGAAUCUUAUUCCGAUGAAACGCAAAGUUAUGCAGUUUAUUUUCUUGAUUAUGGAAAUCUUGAUGAAAAUGUUCCUAAAAAUCAUUUAUAUUCCUAUAUCGAAGAAUUAACACAAAUCGAACCUCAAGUUAAUCAAUAUACAUUAGAAAAAAUUUCAAAUCAAACAUGGAUCGAUAAAGUUCGAUCAUUACUUGAAACUAAAGUAAAUGAUGACAUUGAGUUUUAUUUCAUUGAUAAAAUCAAUAAAAUAAUUCAUAUGAAAGUCGAUAAUGAAAAUGAAAUUUAUAGUCAACCAAAAACAUUUACUGCAAAUAUAUCAGCUACUAAUCAUGAUUAUUUUUAUAUACAUAUAUUACCUGAUGCUAAUACACUUGUUUGUGAAAUGGAUGAACUAUUACAGACACACGAUAAAGUACAAAAUACAUCAAAACCAUGGUUAAUUAAUGAUUUAUGUAUUGUCUAUGAUACUGAACUAAAUCAAUAUUUUCGUGGUAAAAUUCUUUCGAUUGAUAAUGAUAAAUAUGAUGUUCAAUAUAUUGACAAUGGAAAUGUUAUUUUGAACGUAACGAAUAAUAAUCUUUUCCUAUUAAGUGAUGAGGAUCUAUUAAAGCGAUUGCCAUUAGCAAGAAAAUGUCGUUUAUUUGGUGUUAGUAGUAAAAAUCAAAUAAAAGCAAUUAAAGAAAUUAUUCAAACAAUAAAUCCAACUGAAUGUGUUACAGUAACAGUGAACAAUGACCAAAAUGAUCAAUGUAUGGAUGUCAUGUUAUUUAGAGAAAGUCAUGAUAUUAUUAAUGAUCGUUAUCAAUUUGAUGAUGAUGAUGAUGAUGAUGAUGAUGAUGAUGUCAAAAACGAUGAAGAUGCUGAUAGACAAUGCGAUAUAGAAAGACAAUCAUCUGUUUCUGGUAUGGGAGCUGAUGAUGGUGGAUCAAAUGGUGAUGCUCUAACAGCAAAGAAUGAUCAAAAUUUAAUAUCUCCAAUUGGUAUUCCUCAAGCUGAAAGUACACAUCAAUUUGGUGAUUCAUCGAAUGUAACUGAAAGUAAUCCCUCAUUAUCAUCAACAACAAUGAAUCAAAGUAUUGAUUUUGGUGAAAAUGAUCCAUCAACAACAAUGAAAGAUGAUACUGAAAGUGAAAAUUGA